AUGCCACCCUCCCUCUCCAAUGAUGUCCUACUUCUAGUCGGGGAGCUUCUGGAGGAUCACCAAGACCGCUAUAAUCUCCUCUUCGUGUGCCGUCAUUUUCAUGGCUUGUUCCGUCGAGUCGUGUACCACUAUGCUGCGCUGAAAGAUUGCAGCCAGACGCGCUCAUUUUUGAGUGCCGCGUUGCGACACCCCGAGCUGGCUGGGGCGGUUCGCGCUUUGGAUUUGAGCGGGUGGCGAACGCAGUCUGAGACUUACGAAAGCAGCAGCGUGGCUGCAGAGGAGAUGGAAGUGUUUCGCAAUUGGGCUCAAGAAAUCAGCCACUCAGACGAGGAGUACAUCCAGUGGGAGCACGAUCUGCAGCGAGAUGUCGGAGAGGCCUGGAUGGCCCUUCUCCUGCCGCUGGUGAGGAACGUCCAGCAGCUGCGGUUGGUAUAUCCCAGGGAGAACAAGUAUCUCGACCGCAUGAUGCAGCGGGCCGUCCGGCGAGAGAAGCCGUUCGACACGCAGCCCGCCUUCCGUGCUCUGCGAGACGUCUCCUUGGGUCAUUUGGACGACACGCUAGACAGCAAGGGCACCUACGCCCCGUCUCAGGUACUUCCAUUCUUCCAGCUACCAUCAAUGCGCGCCAUCACAGUCGAUUCGGUCGUUGAAUCGACCUCUGCGGAUGAGCAGCCGCAACCAGAGCAAGAGCAAGAGCAAGAGCCAUCGCCCGCCUCACCGAUGUCUGAAAUCGUCUUAAACUCCAGCAGCGGCGCCAACGGCAUGACAAGCAUUGUCGCCGCUUGCUCUGCCCUUCGAUCAUUCAAAUACCAGCACUCGGACGGCCAUCUGCUCGCCGAAGGCUACCAGCCUGCUGCCUUCUACCGCUCGCUGUCUGCCAGCAAACAUACCCUGCACACACUCUGGCUGGACAGCUGCGGGGUGCAUCUCCCCUUCACCAUUACGGGUGUUAACGAAACGCACGAGGAGUGGUUCGGGUCGCUGGCCGAUUUUACGAACCUGAAGGAUGUGCGGAUCCGGUUGCCGAAUCUUUUGGAUAUCCGGUACCAGGCUGAGCCGUCGGUUCCUCUGACGGAGGUCUUACCGGCUGGAGUGGAGACGUUGUAUGUGGAAGGAUGCAAGGAGAAUUCGUUGGCGAUGUUGGUGAACCAGUUGAGGACGCUACUUAGCGCUAGCCACAAUGGCGGUGUUGACGGUAAAAGUGGACAGUCAUCUCGCUUCAAGGACUUGAAAAAGCUGGAGAUCGAGGGAAUGUUCCACGAUGAGGAGGAUUAUGAGGAUUCUGGAUACGAGGGUUCUGCGGCUGGUGAAAAGGUCAUCAAGCCGCGGGUUUACGAGAUGGUGGGACCCUUGCGCCGGGCUUGCGAACUCUCCGGGGUGGGCUUGUUCAUUCGGGACCGUGUGUGCCCGGAGAGUAUGAAAUGA